CGACACGAUCAUGAACAGAUUCAAUGGAAAAAACCAGCAAGCCUCAAGAAUUCUGCGAUAACUAUCACAGAAAGAUACAACGAAUCAACACGACACUUUCUUCGAAGAUAUCAUCGUCCAUGGAAGAAGAACAAGAACAACGCAGAAACAGAGCUGCUUCAACCUCACACGGUUCAAUAUCGGUGAUAGGAAGGCGGAGGACAAUGGAGGACACCGUGAAGGCAAUACCAGGAUUCAUCGGAAGCUAUGACUUUUUCGCAGUUUACGACGGUCACGGCGGGUCCACGGUGGCCGAUGCUUGCCGUGACAGGAUGCACGUGUUGGUGGCAGAGCAAGUGAAGAAGGAGGGAGCUAAUUAUCAGAAGAGAGGAUUGGAUUAUUGGCAUGAAGCGAUGUGCUCUUCCUUCAUGAGGAUGGACCGUGAAGUCGGAGAAUGUGGCAGCAAAGAUGACAACAUGGUGGGUUCCACGGCGGCGGCGGUCAUCGUCGGCAGCGAUGAGCUUGUCGUCGCUAACUGUGGAGACUCAAGAGCUGUACUUUGCCGUGGAGGUAUUGCCCUCCCACUUUCAACAGACCAUAAGUCAAAUCGUCCAGAUGAAAGAAAAAGGGUGGAAACAGCCGGAGGAACAGUAAUAAGUUGGAACGGGGAUCGUAUCUUAGGAGUACUAGCCACUUCCAGGUCCAUAGGGGACCAUUGUAUGAAGCCAUAUGUAGUAUCAGAGCCAGAGGUGAAGGUGUAUGAAAGAACAGAGAGAGACGAGUUUAUGGAUAGCGACAGGUUGUGGGAUGUGAUAUCCAACAAGUUGGCUUGUGAGGUGGUGAGGCGGAUUUUUAAGAUGAGGUUCGUAAAGAAUGCAGCAUCACAAGCUGCUGCAUUGCUAGCAGAGUUGGCUGUGGCUCGUGGAAGCAGAGAUAAUAUCAGUGUUGUUGUAGUCCAACUUAACUAGCAUACAACUUGAUCCGGCCAUAAUUUUCCAUACAACUUGCUCCAGCCAUAAUUUUCCUUUCUUUCGUAGGAAAAUUAAAUUGCUAUAUACAUAAAGGUUGGGUUUGAAUUUCAACCACUUAUUUAAAUAAUAAGAGUCUUUAGCUGCAAUUGCACCAGCUCUAGUUAGUUUAUCCAGCCAUUUAUGUUCCUUUUUUGCAUUUUAUAGUUACUCUAAGGGAUAUACGUUUUCUCUUUAUAUUUUCUUUUUCUUUUUGAAAAAAAUGAUAUCAAACAUUUGGUAGGGAGUUGGAUGGUGCUGGACGACUUAUUAAUUGUAGUUUCUUUUCUCUUUUUAUUUAUAUAUGAUGAAUGAUUUCCUCUUUA